AUGGUGGGUGGUGGUAGAAGUAGAAGAAAGAGGAAGCAGUUAAGCAGAAUCCAUGCAUUCUCGAAAGCUUCAUUCGAAGGUGAACAUUCACUUAUAGGAGGACCUGGUUUCUCAACAAUAGUUUACUGCAAUGAACCAGAAAGUGGUAGUGACAACUAUGUCAGAACUAGUAAAUAUACAGCAUUCACUUUCAUUCCUAAAUCCUUGUUUGAGCAAUUUAGAAGGGUUGCCAAUUUUUACUUCCUUGUUUGUGCAAUCUUGUCUUUUUUUCCUGUCUCUCCUUACUCAGCUGUUACCAAUGUUGUUCCUCUUGUUGUUGUUGUUGCUGCUACAAUUGGCAAAGAGGCUGUUGAGGAUUGGACAAGACUGAAGCAGGAUAUUGAAAUGAAUAACAGAAAGGUUAAAGUCCAUAAUGGAGAGGGUGUUUUCGACUAUUGUAAAUGGCGUGAUUUGAAGGUUGGAGACAUAGUGAAAGUAGAAAAAGAUGAAUUUUUCCCUGCUGAUCUGAUCCUACUAUCAUCAAGCUAUGAAGAUGCUAUUUGCUAUGUUGAGACCAUGAAUCUUGAUGGAGAAACAAAUCUUAAACUCAAACAAGCACUGGAAGAAACUUCCAAGUUUCAACAAGACUCUACAUUCCGAAAUUUCAAAGCUAUUAUCAAAUGCGAGGAUCCAAAUGCAUUUCUUUACUCAUUCAUAGGCAAUAUAAAGCUUGAAGAUCAACUAUAUCCGCUUGCGCCUCAGCAGUUACUGCUUAGGGACUCAAAGCUUAGGAACACAGAUUUUAUAUACGGUGUGGUAAUCUUUACCGGCCAUGAUACGAAGGUUAUGCAGAACUCCAUGGACCCUCCUUCAAAGAGAAGCAAAGUUGAGAAGCGAAUGGAUAAGAUAAUCUACUUUCUGUUCUUAGUUUUGUUUUUUAUUUCUUUUAUCGGUUCGAUUUUCUUUGGCAUUGCAACAAGUGAAGAUCUUGAAAAUGGAGUAAUGAAGAGAUGGUACCUACGACCGGAUGAUACUACAAUCUACUACGAUCCAAAGAAAGCGCCCGUUGCAGCAAUGCUGCAUUUCUUGACAGCACUAAUGUUGUAUAGUUACUUGAUUCCAAUUUCUUUGUAUGUCUCCAUUGAAAUUGUGAAAGUACUUCAAAGCAUGUUUGUCAACCACGAUAUACACAUGUAUCACGAGGAAACUAACCAGCCUGCACAUGCUCGUACUUCGAAUUUAAAUGAGGAACUUGGCCAAGUCGAUACUAUUCUUUCGGAUAAAACAGGAACAUUGACUUGCAAUUCCAUGGAAUUUGUCAAGUGUUCGAUUGCUGGGAUUGCAUAUGGACAAGGUAUUACUGAAGAUGGAAAUGUUGCUGAGAUUUCUGAAGCAAAGCCAUCCAUUAAAGGUUUUAACUUCAUGGAUGAAAGGAUUAUGAAUGGAAAUUGGGUCGAGGAACCUCACGCCAAUGUAAUCCAGAAGUUCUUGCGGUUGUUGGCGAUAUGCCAUACUGCAAUACCUGAAGUUGAUGAAGAAAAUGGCAAAGUUUCAUAUGAAGCUGAGUCACCUGAUGAGGCAGCUUUUGUAAUUUCAGCUAAAGAACUUGGAUUUGAGUUUUAUGAAAGGACUCAAACAACUAUUUCGCUCCGCGAGUUUGAUUCGAUAUCAGGCAGGAUCAUUAGAAGGUCCUACAAACUUUUAAAUAUAUUAGAGUUUAGUAGUGCAAGAAAACGAAUGUCUGUUGUCGUAAGAGAUGAGGAAGAGAAACUACUACUUCUUAGCAAAGGCGCUGACAGUGUCAUGUUUGAACGACUUGCGAAGAAUGGAAGUGAGUUUGAGAAAAAGACUAAGCAGCACAUUAAGGAAUAUGCAGAUGCUGGUUUGAGGACCUUGAUAUUGGCCUAUCGCGAACUUGAGGAAGAAGAGUACACUCUUUUUAAUAAAGAAUUGAUGGAAGCCAGGAGCUUAGUAAGUGCAGACCGAGAGCAGAUUGUGGAGGACGUAUUAGAAAAGAUCGAAAAUGAUUUAAUUCUUCUGGGUGCUACCGCAGUUGAAGACAAACUUCAAAACGGGGUUCCUGAAUGUAUUGAUAAGCUAGCACAGGCAGGAAUAAAGUUAUGGGUUUUGACUGGUGAUAAAAUGGAGACAGCAAUCAAUGUCGGGUUUGCUUGUAGGUUACUUCGGCAAGGAAUGAAACAAAUUAUCAUUAGUUCAGACACUCGAGAAACCAAAUCACUUGAGAAAAUGGAAAACAAGUCUGAUGCUGAUGUGGCAAUCAAGAAAAGUGUUGUUUGUCAAUUAAUGGAAGGAAAGGAGUUACUUGGUGCAUCAAUUGAAAACACCGAGGCGUUAGCUCUAAUAAUUGAUGGAAAGUCUCUGACAUAUGCACUAGAAGAUGAUGUAAAGGACUUGUUUCUCGCACUUGCAGUUAGUUGCGCAUCUGUUAUAUGCUGUCGUUCUUCUCCGAAGCAAAAAGCACUUGUUACUAGAUUAGUAAAGAUUAAAACAGGUUGUACUACUCUUGCAAUUGGUGAUGGUGCAAAUGAUGUUGGAAUGCUCCAAGAAGCAGAUAUUGGGAUUGGUAUAAGCGGCGUUGAAGGAAUGCAGGCAGUUAUGUCUAGUGAUAUUGCAAUUGCUCAAUUCCGGUAUCUAGAGCGUUUACUUCUCGUGCAUGGACAUUGGUGUUACAGAAGAAUCUCAUUAAUGAUCUGUUACUUCUUUUACAAGAAUAUUGCCUUUGGCUUUACUCUAUUCUUGUAUGAGAUUUAUGCCUCAUUCUCCGGGCAAGUUGCAUACAAUGAUUGGUUCCUGUCGCUAUAUAAUGUAUUCUUCACUUCCCUUCCUGUAAUUGCCUUGGGAGUAUUUGACCAAGAUGUCUCUGCUAGAUUAUGCCUUAAGUUCCCAUUAUUAUAUCAACAAGGUGUACAGAAUGUCCUCUUUAGCUGGAAAAGGAUUCUAGGAUGGAUAUUGAAUGGAGUAAUGAGUGCAACCAUAAUAUUUUUCUUCUGCAUUAAUGCCAUGGAGAAUCAAGCAUUCCGAAAAGGAGGUGAAGUAGUUGGACUUGAAGUUCUUGGUGCAACCAUGUACACUUGUGUUGUUUGUGUGGUAAAUUUUCAAAUGGCAUUAUCCAUAACUUACUUCACUUACAUACAACAUUUAUUCAUUUGGGGUGGCAUUCUUUUUUGGUAUAUUUUCCUUUUAACAUAUGGAACUCUUAACCCUUCUUUAUCAACCACUGCUUAUAAAGUCCUAAUUGAAGCUUGUGCACCUGCACCAUCUUAUUGGCUCAUCACUCUCCUUGUCCUUGUUGCUUCACUACUUCCAUAUCUUGUAUACGCCUCGAUCCAAAUGCGCUUCUUUCCUAUGUUUCAUCAAAUGAUAAAGUGGAUGUGCAGAGAAGGACAUGCAACUGAUCUAGAAUAUGUUGAUGUAGUGCGACAGCGAUCAAUACGACAUGCAACAGUCGGGUUAAUGGCUCGUUUCAAAGCAUCCAAGACUUCUCAUGUAUGA